AUGACCUCCCGCUACUAUCCCAGAUCUUCCUCAUCCUCCACUGCCUCAAUCAAAGGCUGUUGCUGCUGCCUAGGCCUCCUCUUCUCCUUCCUCGCUCUCCUCUCCCUCGCCAUUAUCCUCGUCAUCGUCCUCGCAAUCAAACCCAAAAAGCCCCAAUUCGAUCUCCAACAAGUCACCGUUCAAUACAUAAACUUCGCCGCCACCAAUUCCCUCACCACCGCCGUCGAUUCCCCCAGCUCCGCCUCUCUAUCCCUCGUCAUACGCAUGCUUUUCACCGCCAAAAACGACAACAUAGCCGGGAUCAAGUACCGCGAUUCCACAUUCAAUAUCAUGUACCGUGGAGUCCCGUUGGGGUCGGGGCACAGUACCCGGGUUUUACCAGGCGGCUCACAGUGUGAAGAACGUACAGACGACUGUGUCGGUGGAUCGGGUGAGUCUGUUGCAGACGGAUGCUGCUGA